UACAAUCAAAUCAUACGUACGCUAGCUGCACAUCCCUCGCCGCCGAUCGACGACAAUAGCAUGGCCAGCAGCUGGAAUAAUCCGGCCAUCUUCCUCGCCGCCGCGCUGGCGGUGGCGACGGCGGCGCAGGUCGUCACGGCCGGUUUCACCACAGACUUGUACUGGCAGCAACAGCCGGCGCCUGGUGCCGUCACCCCCUACAAGACAUCGGACUGGCACGACGGCUCCGCCACCUUCUACGGCGACCCCUCCGGCAUGGGCGACGACUUCGGUGGCGCGUGCGGGUACGUGUCGAACGACAUCGUGUCGCUCUACUCGACGAAGACGGCGGCGCUGAGCACGCCGCUGUUCGCCGACGGCAACGGGUGCGGGCAGUGCUACGAGCUGCGGUGCGUCAAGUCGCCGUGGUGCAACCCGGGGUCGCCGUCGGUGGUCAUCACGGGGACCAACCUGUGCCCGCCCAACUGGUACCUCCCCAACGACGACGGCGGCUGGUGCAACCCGCCGCGGCACCACUUCGACAUGGCGCCGCCCUCCUUCCUCAAGCUCGCGCAGAGGGUCGCCGGGAUCGUGCCGGUGCAGUACCGCCGCGUGCCGUGCCAGAGGACCGGCGGCGUCAGGUUCUGCCUCCAGGGGAACCACUACUGGUUGCUGCUCUACGUCAUGAACGUCGGCGGCGCCGGCGACGUCUCCUCCCUCUCCGUCAAGACCUCCGGUGGCGGCGGCGCCUGGAUCCAGGCGGCGCACAACUGGGGCAUCACGUACCAGGUGUUCGCCGCGCUGGACAACUCCGACGGCCUCACCGUCAAGCUCACCACCUACAGCACGCCGCAGCAGACCAUCAUCGUCUCCGACGCCAUCUCCCCCUGGUGGAUCACCGGACUCUGCUACCAGGGAUCCAACAACUUCUACUAAUCAUCAAUCGAUCGAUCAUCAGAUCGAGUUCAAAGUUGCAGUGGUUCAUCUCUUCAUUUUGUUUCUUCUUCUUGGCUUGCUCUGCUAUGCGAUGCGAUGCUAGCUAUUGUCAAAGUUCAUGGACUCUCUGUUUCUUUCUUUUGUUCAUAGAACGGGAUGCAUUUCUAGUUCAAUGUUUAUGCUAAUCCAUCUUCUGUUGAGAGAAUUCUUUUUCCCUUUUUCAAAACUUUCAAAAAUGGUGGAUUGAUUAUGAUGUAUACUUGAUCUCCGCAUAAGUUCAGUAAAUAUAUAUAUCCCUGAAAACAAAGUUUGGUUU